AUGCUUUCAAGGAUCAGUAUACUACAACUCUUCCCUAGAUCACAGUUCUUCCAAAUGUUCAUUAUUAUAGGCCAUAACUUUCUUGAUAUGGAUGAGAGUCUUGGUUGUAUUUUUCUCACUAUCAUUGCUAAUAAGAGUAGUGAGAUAGGAGACAUAUACUCAUUCCAAACAGCAUUAAGAGAGACUUAUGCUUCUAAUGCUGAUUCUAAUGCCUUAUCUCUAUUUUUAGCACUAUUAAGCAUACAGAAUAUACCAAUUAAGUUAUGGUAG